AUGUUCAAUUCACCCAAUGAUUAUCUUAAUUCAUCAUCUUCGUCUAUGAUAUUCAAUCAUAAUACACAUUAUCAUCCAUAUAGUCGAAUACCGCCAUCAUAUUAUCCAGCAUAUUCAUUUGAAAAUCAUAAUUCAAUACAAAAUUUUAAUUAUAAUUCAAAUUGGAAUGAAAAUGAAAUUAAUCAUGAAAGACCACCAGGUAUUCCUCGUAUUUUUAAACGACGUGUCUCAGCUAAUAAAAAAGAACGUCGCCGUACAUUAUCAAUAAAUACAGCUUUUUCCGAUCUUCGUACAGCUAUACCAAAUGUUCAACCAGAUACAAAAUUAUCAAAAAUUAAAACACUUAAAUUAGCAACAAAAUAUAUUGAAUUUUUAAUGGAUAUUUUAGCAAAAGAUGAUUCAACAGCCAUGCCAAGUGCAUUUAAAGCUGAAAUAAUUAAAACACGGAAAGAUUCUCGUGAUUUAAUAAAAUUUGAUACACGUAAAACAAAAGGACGAACAGGUUGGCCACAAACUGUUUGGCAAUCAGAAUUAAAUCGUCAUGAUAAUCUUCAACAACAUGAUUUAUCUGUACAAAACAAUAAUUUAUAA